CAAAAAAAAACAAGCACCGAGGAGCAACACAACAGCAAAACUCUCCUCACACACUCCUGCAGGAGGAGAAUCACCUCCUGGGACUGAGAUAUCGGAUCAUUUGCCAUCUUAUUUUUCUGCCAGUAUGAGAAAAAGGGGCUUUGGAGAAGGGGUGGUGCAUGUGAGCUAGAGAUCCUAUUACAGAGAUCCAGACUUUUUCAUGGCAAGUUUUUUUUUUUUUUUUUUUUUUUGGAAGAUGGGGGAGGGCGAAAUCUGCAACUUUCUCGCUUGUUCCCUUUACUUUACGCGCAGCCAAAGGGACACUUUGUUUGAUUUUUUAAGCUGAUCUUCCGCUUUUUCUCGCCUGGAGGGCAGUUUUUGCGUCUGUCGGGAGAGGUUUUUUUUUCCUGGAUAAUGAAGGAAUUCGUUUGGAUAGAGCAGGGAUCGGACGAGAAGUGCAGACUGAAAAAAGUUUGGGAGGAAACUUUGGAGCAGCUUUUCUUCGCCAUGGCUCGUUUGGAAACUUCAAUCUCAUGAAGGGAAAACCUCCUCUGCUGCUUUCUUAGGAAGCUAGAUUACUGAAGAAAUCGAAGUGAUCUUUUCUUUUUCUUGUAUUUUUACUGCACAGUUGAAUCUCUUCCCCCAAGAUGUCUUCCAGGGCUCGGAGCCCCAUUGUUGGCUUUUACGGGAUGCUUUGCGUCUUGGCUGCCUGGCUGCCAGGCUCCGGGGCUGCGUUGUCUCCAAACGGGACCAUAUUUGAGGAUAACUGCAAGAAAACUACAACCUGUGAGGCUCUGAAGUACAACACAUGUCUGGGGUCGCCUUUGCCUUAUUCUCAUACUUCUCUGAUCCUGGCUGAGGACUCCAGCACCCAAGAAGAGGCUUUUGAGAAGUUGACCAUGUGGUCUGGUUUGCGGAACGCUCCUCGCUGUUGGUCGGUCAUCCAGCCGUUGCUCUGCGCCGUCUACAUGCCCAAAUGCGAGAACGGCCGGGUCGAGCUGCCCAGUCAGAGCUUGUGUCUGGCUACGCGUCGGCCGUGCAGCAUCGUGGAUCAGGAGCGAGGAUGGCCCAGCUUCCUCAAAUGUGACAAAUUCCCUGUGGGCUGCUCGAAUGAGGUGCAGAAGCUGAAGUUCAACACAUCGGGUCAGUGUGAGGCUCCUCUGGUGAAGACGGACAUCCAGUCCAGCUGGUACAAAGACGUUGAAGGCUGCGGCAUCCAGUGUGACAACCCUCUGUUCACCGAGGAGGAGCACGACGACAUGCACGCCUACAUCGCUUACUUUGGCACCAUCACCCUCCUCUGCACCUUCUUCACACUGGCUACGUUUCUCGCCGACUGGAAAAACUCCAACCGCUACCCGGCCGUCAUCCUCUUUUACAUCAACGCCUGCUUCUUUGUAGGAAGCAUCGGCUGGCUGGCCCAGUUCCUGGAUGGAGCCCGCAAAGAGAUCGUAUGCAAGAGCGACAACACGAUGCGACUCGGGGAGCCGUCGUCUUCAGAAACGCUCUCAUGCGUCACCAUCUUCAUCAUCGUCUACUACUCCCUGAUGUCGGGUGUGAUUUGGUUCGUCAUGCUCACGUAUGCCUGGCACACGUCCUUUAAAGCUCUGGGUACCACUCAGCAGCCGCUGUCCGGUCGAACCUCCUACUUCCACAUGGUCACCUGGUCCAUCCCCUUCGUCCUCACUGUGGCCAUCCUGGCUAUCGCUGAGGUGGAUGGAGACUCUGUGAGCGGGAUCUGCUUUGUCGGCUACAAGAACUACAGAUAUCGCGCCGGCUUUGUGCUGGCACCGAUCGGAGUAGUGCUGGUUGUCGGUGGCUACUUCCUCAUUCGGGGUGUCAUGACGUUGUUUUCCAUCAAGAGUAACCACCCAGGACUGCUGAGUGAGAAAGCAGCCAGCAAAAUCAAUGAGACAAUGCUGAGACUUGGAAUAUUUGGAUUCCUCGCUUUUGGCUUUGUGUUCAUCACCUUCGGCUGCCACUUUUAUGACUUCUUCAACCAGGCUGAGUGGGAGAGGAGCUUCAGAGAAUAUGUGCUGUGUGAAGCCAACGUGACAAUCGCCUCUCAGACCAACAAGCCGAUCCCAGAAUGCACCAUUAAGAACCGUCCCAGCCUGAUGGUGGAGAAGAUCAACCUGUUCUCCAUGUUCGGGACUGGAAUCGCCAUGAGCACCUGGGUGUGGACCAAAGCCACCAUCCUGAUCUGGAAACGCACCUGGUGCAAGAUCAUCGGCCGCAGUGACAACGAACCGAAGAGGAUAAAGAAGAGCAAGAUGAUCGCCAAGGCGUUUGCGAUGAGGAAGGAGCUCCACAAGGACCCGGAGAAGGAGCUGUCGUUCAGCAUGCACACUGUGUCCCACGAUGGACCAGUGGCUGGAAUCAAUUUUGACCUCAAUGAGCCGUCCAAUGACAUGUCGUCAGCCUGGGCACAGCACGUGACCAAGAUGGUGGCCAGAAGAGGAGCCAUCCUGCCUCAGGACAUUUCUGUUACUCCCACUGGUACACCAGUGCCACCUCCGGAAGAGAGGAACAGGCUGUGGAUGGUGGAGGCCGAGAUCUCACCAGAGAUGAUAAAGAGGAAAAAGAAGAAGAAGAAGAGGAAGAAGGAGGUGCGUCCGGUGGAGGAGGUGGCCGACCACCAGAUGUAUCGCCAGCGGGAGUUUGGCCGCAGCUCUGUGCCCCGUCUACCCAAGCUGCCCUGUCACCCGAGCCUGGUGGCAAAUCUGAGGGAACAGCAGAGGCAGCAGCAGAAGAUGGAGGAGGAAGUCCUGCCGGGAUCAUACCCCGACUUCCAGCCGUCACACAGUCUGUCCUGUGAGGAGAGGUGUCCAUACCUGCAGUAUCAGAGCAGCCGGAGCGCCUACGGUCGCAGCCUGCUGUCCAACCCGCUGAACUUCAACGACUGUCCAGAGGAUCUGGGCCUCGGGCCUCGCUGCCCCCCAUCAACCUCCAACUGGCAGCCCAGCUACCCCGGAGAGAUGGACCAGCCUGAUGGGAUAUCAGAGAGAAUGGCCCAUGUAGCUCGAGUACCGGCAGGCAGGAGGGUUGGAUACGGACCCAUCCACUCCAGGACCAAUUUAAUGGAGGCCGAGCUCAUGGACGCCGACUCUGACUUCUGAAAUCAAAGCUCCGAUGUUCUGCACGGACAGUAAGCUCAAAAAAAAGUGCUGGAUACUUUCACAGAUUCUUACUAAGGUGCACCGAAUUCCCAACGACCUGCAGCAAGGUGGAACAAAGCUGGUCGGUCUUUAAUUUCUUUUGAUUUUUUUUAAUCUUCUUCUUUUUUUAGAAAAGUGAAAGGGAUAAAAUGAAAAAAAAAUAUGUUGUGAAUAAGUUAAUGAAAAAAAUAUUUUUUUAUGCUUUUAUUUGUGUCCAAUACAUUUUCAAAGGCAACUCCGCGAUGGCAAAACAAUUAAGGCAGCUAUACUGUGCGUGGCUUGAAACAACACAGAUCUCUUUAUCCUAAUCAGCUAGCAUCAGUUUAAACCUGCUGGUUACAACAUUAAACUCUGUGACACAGUAGGGUUCAGUUUUAUUGGUGCCAGUCAAGGAUGAUUUGCUAAUUGAAACCGUCAACUUGUUCCCAGGAUCAUGAAAGUCAGUCCUAUUCUUAAUAUUUAAUUGAUUCUGAAUCAAAAAGACAAAAAGCUGCACUACUGUUUGAAAGUUUGGGGUCACUUAGAAAUGUCCUUAUUUUCGAAAGAAUGGCAUUUUUUCUCCAUGAAGAUGACAUUAAAAUAAUCAGAAAUCCAGUCUAGACAUUGUUAAUGUGGUAAAUGACUAGUUUAGCAGGAAACAGCUGAUUUUUAAUGGAAUAUCUCCAUAGGGGUACAGAGGAACAUUUCCAGCAACCAUCACUCCUGUGUUCUAAUGCUACAUUGUGUUAGCUAAUGGUGUUGAAAGGCUAAUUGAUGUUUAGAAAACCCUUGUGUAGUUAUGUUGGCACAUGAAUAAAAGUGUUAGUUUUGAUGGAAAACAUGAAAUUGUCUGGGUGACCUCAUACUUUUGAACGGUAGUGUACACGCUACCUGCAAAUACUGAUGAGCCCACAUCUUCUCUUGUAUUAUAUUUUAAUGGUUUUAAGACUCCAGUGUUCUCUCUCCCCACUACUAUAUAGUCACUAAGAACUUGUGUUUAUGUACAGUUAACUUGAGGUACUAAUCCCUUCAUCCUGUUAAUACUAAAAUCACAAAUAAUUACAAAAUGUCCAAACUUUAAACAUUUGGAAGCUCAGAAGUACUAAAAGCACAAUAGAGGUGGUUUGUUUAUUUUGUUGCACAGUUUUAAGUCAGAAUUAACCAAAUUAUUGUUGUCUUGCUUUCUUUAAUUAUUUUGACAUCUUCAAAUAAAUAGUACCUGUUGAGUAGUUACUGAGCUAAAAUACAUACUAAAUAUUUUGUGUACAUUCUGUUGCCUGGUGCAAUAAUUCAACACUUUUAUGUUUUUUGUUUGGAGGAAAACUUCCUGCAGUUAUACUGCAUCGGACUGAAUGGAACGGCCAUGUUUUCCUUCAUGUACUCUCCUUGUAUAUUUCAACUUUCCCCUUUGUACAUUUUUAAAGGUUAUUUUUUUACAUCUUUGUUUCUGCUUGCGUUAAUCUGUUGUGUAUAUUCACUUGAAACAGCUUUUCACUCGUGCGUUUCCUCCUCGAUACAGUUUGGAUGUUAUUUUCUGCGCCACAGAGUCCAUUUUCUAAUCUGAAAACGCUCCUUUUUCUUCAGUCUCUCUCUCUUUUUACAUGUGUGUACUGUAUAUAUGCUGUUCAUAGAUUUCUCAAUGUUAAUUGUACAAAGCUAUAAAUCACUUAAAUUUUCUCCUGAGAUGAUAAAUACAACGGGAGAAGUCACCUGUUGUUUAAAAAAUAAAAAACUGCCACCGUACUCGUGCUGUAACCAAAAUGUUUCCAUGUCAGUUUACACUCACUGCACGUAAAUGAUGCUGAGGUGAACUUUUAAAUCACUUUUUAGCCAACAAAAACAAAUUUGCAGAGUUUUAUGUUGAGUAAUUUGUGUGUGAUGAGUAAAAGAGAGAGUUAUUUAUGUUCUUAUUGGUUACCACACUAUUAGUUCAACUAUGUGGUGAGCUCUGUGACAAAUAUGACCUAUCUGUCCACCUAAUAAGUUCAAGGAUUAUUAAAUAUUAAAUGAAGAUUACUUUUGGAAAUGUGUAUGCCUUGAAAAGCAAUUUCUACGUUUGAACGCUGUCAAAAGAUUUACUGUGUUGCUUUCUGCGUUUUGUCUCCCAACUGUGUAAAAAAAAAUACAUUUACUGUCACUGUGCAGCUGUACUUGUUUUGUUUUUAUAUGUAAAUAAAAGUAAUCCUACA